AUGGCGCCCAUUGCUGUCCUUCUCCUGGCUGGGCUUUUGCUGGCUUCGCCCUCCUGGGCUCCGAGGCCCAAACCCUCCAAGAGCCCCAUCGACAACAUCAGCGCCCAGGAAGAGUUUGAUCCUGCCCGGUUUGCAGGGAAGUGGUUCCUGGUGGGGGUGGCCUCUGACUGUCUUUACCUGCGUGAAAAUGGCUACCGGGUGGAAGCCACCAACGUGGUCGUGUCGGUGACUGACAGCGCCUCGCUGCUCUUUAGCACCUUCCGGCCUCUGGAGGGGAUUUGCUGGAACAUCAAGCAGAGCUAUUUUGCCGGCGAGACCCCUGGGCGGUUCCUCCUGAAAGGCCGCUCUGCCCCAGUGGACGUGGUGGUGGGGGAGACAGACUACAGCAGCUACGCCAUCUUGUACUUCCAGAAGAAAUGCAAGAUUUCAGCCAAACUUUACGGACGAACGGCACAGGUGGCAAACGUCGCCCUGAAGAAGUUCGAAGCUGCCAUGACUGCCAUGGGCGUCACCGAUGACCACAUCUUUUAUUACCCCGUCUACGGAUUUUGUAGCACAGCUGACCAAUUCCACAUCCUUGACGAAACGAAAUACACAGGAUAG